AUGAUCUUCUUCACCAGGAUCUUUGAGGGGUCCUUCCACUCGGCGCCGAGCGAGCAGAUGGUCAACGCAUUCCUAGGACUAGCGCACAUGAGUACGGCAAACUGGCAAAUGGCCAACCCAUGUGUCGGUAUAGCCAUCGUCAUGCCGGUCCACUCUGAACUUGCCGCGCGUGAAGUAGCAAAUGGCCUUGUCGGCAGCAGCCAGCUUAUUGCGCCGCUUCUUUGCAAUGAGCUGCUCGGAUCGCAGAAGCUCAUGCCGAGCACUGCCUCGAUCUUGAAGAUGAACGUUGUCGGCACCGCAAGCCGCGGGUCGCGCCGCAGUUGGCACAGGGGCCCUGGGUGUAGGGCGAGCGGCAUCGACGUCGAAACCCGGAAGGUGUCGUUCCAGCGCGUGCAGGCUUCUGACGCAAUGGCCAAUGCCGCGCCACAGGCCCACAGCUCUGACAAGGGACAGCGACAGGCUCGCAGCACGGAGGAGAUCCCGGCGAGCGCCUUGGAGAACAUCCCGCCUGCAGCGAUGGCCGACGCGUGGAUGCGCGACGAGAAGGCGAGGGAGCUAGGCGAGGCGCUAAAGGGUUGCUCGGUCUACCUCGUCGGUCUCGGCUCUCCCAAGCUGGAGGCCGUCGGCCGCAUCUUUUCGCGCCGGCUGCCCAAAUACCGCUACUACUCUGUGCCUGAGCUGAUGUGCAGCACGUACGCGACGCUCUCCGGCGGCGAGGAGGGCGCGGCCGCGCCGAUGAUGUCCGACCUCUACGAGGCGGAGCCGAUGGAUGACGUUACCUCCCUCGCCCGAGCGAUCACCGACCAGGUCCAGCAGUACACGCGCGCCGUCGUCCGCUCCUGGGAGGGGUCUGUGAGCACGUCCGACUUUGCGGGCAUCGUGGUGCGAGUGGUCGGCAUGGAGCCCGAGCCGUCGUCGGGUGCGGUGGAGGAGGCUCGGGAGGGUUGGGCGGAGAAGCACUCCGCGGCCGACGUGACUGUCUCGGUCGAGACCGAGGCGCCGACCGACGACAUCGUCUUUGCCGUCGUCAAGGGGCUGCUCGAGUUCAUCGAAAAGAACCCGGGCAAGUCCGAUGAGUGGAAGUCGAAGGCGGACGCUCUGCAGGCGGAGGGGUGGAGCGUCGACAACUGAGCCGGCGCGGCGGGAGGAAGAGGAGCCGCGCGCGCCCUCUCCUGUGAGAGUCGGCGUCGGGACGCGCGGGCGGCGUGGGGGUGGGCGUAUGCGGCGAGAGAGACGGGUCACUGAAUCCGCACGCGCCCACAUCUCUCGCGCUCGUCUGUGCGCUCUGCAGGGUGUGUUACAUUAGAGUCUCUCUUCACAA